GCCACUUCACUACUAAUCCUUUUCGAAAACUAGACGGGAAAACGCUACUUAAACAAUAAGUCAAGACUAAAAUCGACAGAUGAAUAAGUCCGGUUUGUAAGGCCAGCAGCUACAUUUUUUGAAAAAUGAGUCCAUUGCGAAUUAUGUUGUUGCUCGCCACAAUGGUCGCCACUGUUGAAGCUGUUUCAUCACAACCGUUAGUAACGGACAAUGUAAAAACAACGAAUCGAUGCGGAAACGACCUAACUUUUUAUCUAAUGGAACAAGUGAACGCCAUGAAACCUAAAUUAGCAGCGUUGGAAGCUAAAACCAAAAAGAUGGAACAGCAACAGAUGGAGACCUUGCAAAAUCGUAAAGAUUUUAGAUGUGAAUCAGGGGUCGUUGGAAUACACACCUACCCUCGCCCUAGCUGGCCAUAUACACAAAGCGUUACUUUCCAAACUCCGUUUGAGGCGAAGCCGACCGUUACAUACGGCCUGAAUCUUCUAGAUACUGGUUACACAAAAAACACCAGGGUAAUAGCGGAAGUCACUGAUGUUACCAAAAUUGGACUUCAAGUUCGACUGAGAACUUGGGCUGAUACACAGUUAUAUGGAGCCAGAAUCAGUUGGAUGGCAUGUGGACAGUAAUUUUGAUGAUAUGUUUUUGAUGUAUUUUUAUUAUUGGAAAAUCUUGUAAUUCAAAACAUUCGUACAUUUUUAUUAUGGUGCACGCAUGUUGGAGAUAUUCCAUUGAGAUUUUAAUAAAUAAAUGUACGUACACAA